CGCUCUGUGGGCGGGGCUUCGCCCGGGGGCGGAACCGCGGCCAGAGGGAGGCCCUAUGAUAGGCCUUCUCAUCCCGGAACUUCCGGGUGUCGCGUGUGUACAUAGCGUCGCCUGGAACCUGAGAGGCUACACGAGGGUGUCGGAGGCCUGGUGAGAGACAAUGGCCAAGAACAAACUCAGAGGGCAAAAGUCCAGGAAUGUAUUCCACAUAGCCAACCAGAGAAGCUUGAAGGUUAAAAAUAAAGCAAAACCAGUUACUACUAAUCUUAAGAAGAUAAACAUUGUGAAUGAAGAAAAAGUUAACAGAGUGAAUAAAGCUUUUAUAGAUAUACAGAAGGAACUGGCAAACUUCUCAAAAGGCCUUUCCCUUGAACCUCUGCAGAAACAACUGAUAUCUCAGCAGUGUCAUGAAAAUGUACCAGUUAAUGUUGAUGAGGCUACAAGAUUAAUGGCUCAGUUGUAAUACACCAGUGAUGCAUCAAAUUCCCCAAAAAGACCAAUAAAUUUAAUCUUUUAUACA